ACUUCAAUUGAAAUUUAAUUAAGACGUUGAGUGUGUGUUUGAAAUGUUAAAAUAAAGUGAAAUAAUUGUUUAGACAUGGGAAGUGAAAAUAAUAAUCAUGCUGAGCUGCCUCGUCGUUCUAUAGAUUCCAAUGCUAGUAGUAGUGCUAGCAGUGCAGUGGUGCUUCGAAAAAAGAAUAGUUUCUCUAGUCUAUGGCGUGGCAGCAAGAAAAAAAGGUCACUAUUAGAAUCUAUACCAUCUACAGAAAAUCUUGAUACUACUUCGAUCGGCACAAAUUAUACGAUCGAUAAAACAACAGGCAAAAAGUAUAUCAAAGGCACAGUUGUAACAGUAGUGUUAGUAGAAGCUAAAGAUCUUCCAAACACGCCUGAUGAUGGCUCCACUCAUGGACUCUUUUGCAGGAUCAGGUUGGGGUCAAAAACAUUGAUAUCGAAGGUAUCAACAAGUAUCAACCACCCGGAAUGGAAAGAACGAUUCGAAUUACAAUUAAGUGAGGAUCACCUUCUGAGGAUUUCAUUAUGGGAUAAAGGAAAACAAAAGAAUUUUAUGGGCAGAUGUGUUUUAGAUCUGUUACAUCUUGAAAAGGAUCGUACACAUGAGUUUUGGCAACAGUUGGAUGACGGUUAUGGUUCAGUACAUUUCUCGGUGACGCUGUGUGACACUCGUAAGAGCAUCCCACCCUCUACUAAUGACGUAAUAACUAAUGACGUCAUCGAAAAAUAUGCAAUUCAUAACUUAACCAAUGAUUGGAAUGAAGUUGGACAGCUUCAUGUGAAAGUCAUAGGGGCGAAAGGAUUUAAUGCCAAUCUUAAUGCGUAUUGCACAUUGGAACUUGAUAAUCAAAGGGUCCAAACGCACAGUGUUCGUGUUUUCAAUGAUCAAUAUUCUUGGGACAGAAGCUAUGUUUUCAAUGUCUACGAUAUCACAUCAAGUUUAGAUCUUAAAGUAUAUGAUGAUUCUAUAUUAAAUUCGAUACGAAGUGAUAGUUUGGGACGAGUUUCUAUCCCGUUGUUGAGAAUAAGCAACAAAACGCCGCGAUGGUAUGCUUUGAAAGAUAAAUCUAAAAAGAAUGCUGCUAAAGGAAAUUGUCCUAGACUUCUGUUAGAAAUGUCUGUUUAUUGGAAUCCGGUGAAAGCUGCAGUCAAGAUGUUUCGGCCAAAGGAGGUGAAAUACCUCAAAAAACCUCCCAAGUUCGAUGUCAUCCUUGUUCACAGCAAUUUGGAAUUCAUAAGAGAUACAUUUGAAGCCUUGUAUCAAGCCAAUGAGCAGUUCAAGCAUUUAUUUGAAUGGGAAAACCAGGAAUUGUCUUUUAUCGCUUUGGUCAUAUGGAUAUGGUUCUGGUAUUGCUUCAGAAUGUGGACGACGCCACUUUUAUUGUUGAUACCUUUUAUAUAUAGUUGGCUCUCUCAACGAAAUAAGAACCAAAUGCGUUCUAGGACUGUUAACAAGAACGAUAGCGAUCGAUCGAUAACAGUAAGCGAUGUGAGCGACAAUGAAAAGCUAGACUUUAAGACUAUGGCUGGAAAAAUGCAGGGACUACCAGAAAUGACGCUUUACAUAACGAAAUGUGUGGAGUACAUGGUUUGUUUAUCGGAAAGAAUACAAAAUUUGGCGACAUUCCAAGUGCCAUUUUUAAGUUAUUUGGGGAUGUUGUUUUUAGUCAUCGCAUCCAUUGGACUUUAUCUUAUACCCUUCAACUACAUGAUGAUUGGUUUGGGUAUUUACAAGUUUACUAGGAAGUAUAUGGAUCCAGAACGGACACCUAAUAAUGAUAUACUUGACUUUAUUUCGAGGAUACCUGAUAACGAACAAUUGAGACAAUGGAAGGAAUUAAAUGUUCCGGAACCGUUACAAACAAAUCACAUUGUAAAUAAACCACCUAUAGCUAGAUCAUUUAGCACAUUGUGAAAAUUAUCUACCUGAUAUGAAAGAUAUAUUUAUUGAAAGUGUAGGUUUAAAGUGAUGCAAAAGGUCGAUGUAUGCAAAUGGCUCAGGAUCAUACUUUUUAACGAAAUAUGAAGAAAGAAAACGAUAUUUCAUUAGGGAACUGAUAGUUACCAAUUUAUGUUUCUAAUAUUUAGAAAACAUCCUAAAAACAAGAAAGAUUAAUUAUACGAAAAUGUAAUAUUGUUUUUAUUUAGAUUAUAAAUAAAAUCAUGUUUAUUUUUUUAUUUUUGGAGAGGGUAUCUGGAUAACAUUUUUUUUUCUUUAUAUUACCUGGUUUUUGUUUCAAAUAUGAAUGUAUAAUAGAGCUUCCACAGGCAACCAAAUAACUUUGAAGUGAAUAAUAAAAAGCGAUAUUAAAA